AUGUGCCACCAAUGGAUUCGGAAUGUUUUUCAAAUUCUGUUCCACCGAUACAUUACAUUCACCGAUAAAUCAGACUAUUUCGAGCUGUACAAAACUCUGGCAACGAUCUCAGCCAUCCAUUACGACGCACAUUGCUGGAUCGAUCGAUCACUCUGGAUCGUCUAUCGAUUCCUGCCAGUUUUGGUAAAUAUAUCCUACUUCUAUAAAGCCUACCGGCUCAUCAUAAACCCAGCAGACAGCACAUCGGCAGCCGUAAUUGUAGCCUCGAUAUGGGGCUUCACUGAAGGUACGCUGCGCAUCGGUAUCAUCGAAAUCUGGUACGACAAACUGUACAAAAUUAUGACGUUUUUGAACGAUCGUUCCUACCGGCAACAAGAUGCCCUGGUACGUCAGCAACGAGCUGCCCUAUUUGUUGAAAACAAUCGCAUCCAGCUUACACUCGUCGCAACGAUGCUGAUAAUAGCGGCCUGGUUCAUGACCACACAACUAUUCGGUAGAGAUGCGUUUAUGCUGCAAAUUAAUGGCCACGUAGUGGAAAGUGCUUCAGUGCAAAUUGUUUACGGGUUGCUGUGCAACGUUUGGGGCAUGAUCUAUGUGCUUUCGUUUGCAAUUUUCUUCAUCAUUUUGAACACCUUGCAACUGGAGAUGAAGUUAUUGCUGGAUGGUAUUACGAGCGUCCAGUCAACGAUCGUGGAGCGAGCAGAGCGAAAAAUUGCCUCUUUGGCAGCAUCCGGACAUUCAACACACAUGCAGCAGCUAGUGUUCUGGGACAUUUUGCAACCAGAAUUGAACAGGCACAUCUCACGGCAUGUCGAUUUGCUAGACAAUCUCAAGGAAUUCAGCACGAUCAUUGGUCCAUUCUCGUUCGUUCAGUAUUACGGGACGCUUGCACUGAUGGCCGACUGUGCCUUUAUCCUGUCAAUAGAAGGAAUCUCGAAAAAUGGCAUGAUCUACUUUAUAUUUGUCACCGUGAUGGUGUUUCAAUCGUUCAUCAUCUGUCGCGGAAUCGAAAAGAUAAACGAUCUGAAUGAAGGCAUCGGCCACGUGCUGUACGCAGGUUUCAACUGGCCUGAAUUAUUACGAUACAAUGCACGCUUUCGCAAACAGUAUGUAACCGCACGGCAUACGCUAAUGCUCGUCAUUGGCCGUUCGCAGAAAGGAUUCCAAUGUUCAUACGGAGGGCUUGGCGGCAUUUCCAUGGAACGGUUCGCCCAGUUAAUGCAGAAAAGUUACUCUUUGUUGACAAUUCUGCUUCAAUUUGCCAAGUAAAUGU